ACAGGGGAGUAAUCGAUUGGUAUAUUUAUCAAAACGAACGGUGACCGUCCAAUCCUACAAACCUCAUUUCCUUCGUCUACUUUCCGGAGAUGAACGGCUAUGAUUUAAAAAAGCUCACCCAAUGGAAGUACACUUUAGUGGGCCCCACGUCGAUUAGUCUUCUAGAGCCAAUCCGCGGGAAAAUUAACUUCUCCUUUUUAUGCUUCUCCUCGUCUCUCUCUCUCUCUCUCGCUCUCUCUCUCUCGCGAAGCUUUGUGGGAGAGCUCUAAUGGCGGAAAUGUAGAAGAAGCCCCAGAAGAAGAGGGGAGAGCUCGUACUGCUUUUUUUUAGCAAUUAAGCUUUAAUUAACUUGCGUUUGCGUUGCUUUGGGAGCGCCAUUGAUCGGGGAGAUGCCAUUGCUUCGAUACGAGAUAAGGAACGAGUAUGGAUUGGGGAAAUCGGAGCUCCGGGGAGCCACGGAGAACGACGACUCCGAGGCCCUUCUCGAAGGCGUCACCAUGGCCGGGCUCGUCGGACUCCUCCGGCAACUCGGCGAUCUCGCGGAGUUCGCCGCGGAGAUAUUCCAUGGUUUGCAUGAAGAAGUAAUUUGUGUUGCUGCAAGAGGGCACGGCAUGAUGCUUCGUGCGCAACAGCUAGAGGCAGCGAUUCCACUAGUUGAGAAGGGUUUCCCUCAGAUUAAUUAUUCGCAUCUUGCUUAUAAUGCGGGUAGUAACUGGCACAGUAAUCUCAAUGUGAAGCAUAAUCUCAUCACUCGGGGAGACACGCCUCGUUUCAUCAUGGACUCUUAUAAAGAGUGUCACAGGCCUCCCAAAUUAUUCAUGCUGGACAAGUUUGAUAUUGCUGGUGCUGGAGCAUGUCUGAAAAGGUACUCUGAUCCAACUUUCUAUAAGACGGAUUCGGCCUCCUCCCGGAAGUUGCUAGAAAACACUCGGAGAGAAAAGAGAGCCCGUAAAGUUACGAACAUGGGAUUAAAUCGAAAGAAUGCUGAAAUCACAGAGUCUCUGUCGAUGCCUAACAACAGCACCAAAUCACGGAUGGAAAUUUCUGAUCAAUUUUCCGAUGGAUUUCCUGUAAGGGGAGUGAAAUUGAAAUAUAGGCGAUUGAACGAAUCCAAACAAGGUAGUCUCAAAAAUCAUAUGCAGCAUCUUAUUGAAAUAGAUUCACCAGACAACUUGAAUAUGAAAUAUCCUGAUUUAGUCGAAUCUAUUAAUGAAAUAAGAGAGAUCAAGAUUGAUUCUUCUGAAAAGAUAGAGAGAAACCAUAGCUCAUCUUUUAGAGUCAAAAAUAUCACAGUUUCUUCAAUACCUGAAGAAGAGCCGGAAAUAGAAUGUAAAGAUCUAGGUGUGUUGACUGUACCGCCUGAGCAUUCGGGUGAAAUAAAAAGGAAUAUAUCAUUACCUAAUCUCGAUCAAAAUGACAUGUUUUAUGAGGAUAAAUAUGGUCUGGUUGUCUCCCCUGUGAGUGAAAUUCACUCCACUCCAACCAAUCAGGUGUUCCAAGCCGAUUUUAUGCCAGAUGCUGAGAGUGAAACAGUAGGCAGUACCGAUGGCUAUAUUUCAGAUGAUGCCCCUAGUGAACUGGAGAAUUACAUGGAUGCCCUUUCUACCAUGGAGUCAGAAGUAGAAACAGAUACUGAGAGUAAAGGAAGAUUUCGUCAGUGCUUUCUUGGAUCUCGAAGAUUCCGUUCAAUUACUCAUGAAGAGCUACAUUUUUCAGAUUCUGAAUUUGCCGAACAGAGUUGUGAAAUCCAAAAUAAACCAAUGAAAGAGAGGUGCGACAAAUUUAUGAAAGUUAAAUCUUUCAAGCAUUUUCUUACCUGUGAAACAUGCAAUAAAAACCUUGAAUUUGGAGAGCCAUCUUGUAAUUCUUGUCUUGUAGAUUCUCCUUCCACCUUGGUUAAUUCAAGGUCCAACGGAAAUCUUGGGAAAAGUCAAAGGCCCACCGACUUAGGUGACAGAUCAAAUUCUUUCUUGAAAAAGGGGCAGAAAAUUGCCAAGAAUGCUGAUUCCUUUUCUGAUUCUUUACGGCAUAUGGCAAAGCAGCUUCUUGAGUUGAAGUAUGAUGCCCCUCAAGAUAUCUUCUCUCAAGAUGUUGAACAACAAGACGAAGAAUAUGUUGCAGACAUUCUUGUGAUACCAAAUCCUCUUCUGGAAGAAGUUGAUGUUAAUGUGCUCGAAAAAGCUCCUAUUGGUUCUGUUGAAGAGGGUAAUCAACAUAUUACUGGGCAGGAGAUAGUAGCUGGCUUUGUUGUUCAGCCUAAAGAGGUGGCUGCAGAGGUUGAGAAUGUAGUUGCAUCUGUCGACAAUUUAGCUACUUUGAAAUCAAAAGAAGGUCUUGAAAAUGGGCAUGAUUUUGUCCAAGAUGAACUUAGUACUCUACAGCGUGAAGUGGAGUUGCAAAUUCAUGAAGAUGGGCUUGAGGGGUCCCAAAAUGUGGAGUCUGGCAACAUUGAAGCAAGUUCUGGAGAGGAAACAUACACUGAUGACAUUCUUUUGCAUUCUAAUAAGCAGAAUCAUGUGGUGACUAAGGAGCAUUUUGAGAUCAAUAAUCAAUAUGAAAGUAUAUCCAAUGUUCCUAAAAAUCAUGUAACACUUAUUGAGAUUGGUACCGUUGAGUCUAUGACAGAAAAUUAUGAUUUGAGCGUGAUCUCUUCUCAAGAUGCAUCUUCCUUAGGUGGGCAAUUGCAACAAGAGGAUUUCUCUCAUGAAGGCGCCAAUUUGGUCCAAAACAACAAAUUUGACUCGACGAAUUUGGAUGAUGCAAGUAAAGAUUCUAUGUCGACUACAGUAAAAGACCAAGAGGCAUCUGCUGUUACACUUUCAAGCCCUGGGUCAUACACUCUAAAUUCAUUUCAGCCAUUGUUCAAGCCUCAGUUGUCCGUUCAUGUUCAUAACACGAUUCCACUUGAGCUAUCUGAAGCAGAUGUAGUUCCCAACAUUGAGACGGGCAUUCGAGAAAAUAUAGCAGAAAAUGAAAACAGUUUGCCUAUGAAGGACACAACACUCUUUGAAGUUGCUAUAGAAGCACAACCAUGCAUUGCUGAUAAAGAAAUACUCCUGCAGGAAGGUUUUGAAAGUGUUGAGACUUCUAUUCUCCAGUCUGAUAAAGCUAAUGCUGUUGAAGAGAAAUUUUUUAUAACUAAUUCCAUGCAACCUAUUGCCAAAGAAGUUCAACACGAAAUAUCAGAAAAUGAUAAAUCUUUUGAUUCGAGAGAUUCUCCGGAGCCCCCUUACAAGAUCAAAAUGGAAGAUAUUUCAUAUAAAGAGUUUCUUAUUGAGGUUGAUUUGUCUAGAGAUGCAUCUCAGUCACUACACAGAAGUGUACCAGACAUAACUACAAGAUCAGAUGAACAAGAUACAUCCUAUGAACUUGUGAAUACUCCAAGCGGUUCUUUGUUUGUAGCAAGCGAAGCAACAAAAAUGGCACCUGGAGAGAACUCAAAUGCUGCCAUCAGAAACUAUAAUGUUGAUCAGUCGGAUUAUAUAUCUCUGUUAGAUGAAGCUGUAUCCAAGGAAGUUCAGCAAAAUGUCUCUUCUGUAGUAUCUAAUGUUGAGACUUCUGAUGGUUUUUCGUCUUCUAAUUUGGGAGAACUUCCAUUGCAAACCUUUCCAAGCUUUGCUGGGAUAAUUUCUGAGACUUCUAUUAAUAGUUCUUUGUCUGAAGCUAGCGACGGAAUCCCACCACUUCCUCCACUUCCCCCAUUAGAGUGGAGGUCAGUAAAGCUUCCUUUCAGAGCUAUUUCUUCUUCUGGAAAAAUUGAUCAACCCCCGAGACCGAGGUCAACACCGUUGCUGCCUACAGAAAGGGAUCCUUCAGAAUGUUUUCAAGUACAUGAAAGUGAAUUGGAUCAGUCAGUUAACAGACAAUUUGAAAAUAAGAUGCCUCAUCAUAAUCACUCAACUUCAGAGAAAGAGUUGCCACAACAUUUCGGAUUUCCUACAAUUUCACAUAUGAGCGAUGAAAGCCAUGAUUUUGAUCCCUUAAAUAAAGAAGUAAUCAUGGUGAUUCCACCGGCACUAUCAACAGUAGAAGAUGACAAGCAUGCACAUAAUUAUGAAGCACAGGAAGAAGGUGCUUCACUGCCAUCAGAUCAGUUUUUAGCAUCAGGUAGUGAAAGCUUAUUACAUGGUGAAAAUCAGGAAGCUCUAAAAUUGGUGGAAAUUACAAGUUUAGAGGGUGCGAAUCUUAAUCUUAAUCAGACAGGAACAACAUCAGACAAAGAGGUAUCUGUAAAUGAUGCCCAAAUUAGAGACGAAGAUGGGAAGAAUCAAUUCAGCAAUGAAUUCUCUAUUAAUGUGGAAACACAGCCUCCAAUUUCGUCAAUUGAACUACCCAAUGAAGAAGAUAAAAGCUGUGAUAAUGGUUCUCUAUCCAUGCAAGAAGUGGUUACAUCUGCUCCAGAUGACAAUACUAAAUCACAUUUAGAAGCAGAAAAACAGGUAAAAGAACUUCCUUCAAUUCCGACACCUCCGAGAUAUCCGCUGAUUCACGUUACUCCGCAUGAUAGAAGCAUGCUGAGAAAAGUACCAAAGCUGAUUCAGCCGGCAAAGCCAAUGGCAGAUGAAAGGAAUGCAUUGCUAGACCAGAUACGAAAUAAGUCCUUCAACCUGAAGCCAGUACUUGCGAAGAGGCCGAUGAUAAUGGGUCGACCUUCAACCAACUUGAAGGUGGUUGCUAUUUUGGAGAGAGCUAAUGCGAUCCGACAGGCUGUGGCAAAUGACAACGACGAUGAUGAUGACAGUUGGAGCGAUUCCUAAAAUUCUCGUUUGCCAGAUCAAAAUCUGGGAGUUCUAAGUGGGUUGAAAUUACUACAUGUUUCCUUUUUUUUGCGAAAAGAAUAUAAGGUGGCAAGGAUGGGCAAAAAGAUUCAUUUCCAACCAAAGAAGAUCUUUGAGUAAAAGCCACCUAUACCAAUAAUAGCAUAUCUAAAUGUUCUUCACGUUACCCUUCUUUAUUAGUAUUUUUUAAAAAAAUUUUGAGAUAAAGCAGGAUGAGUUAAGCCUGCGAAUUCGUUAAGAUACUUAAAAAUGAGUGCACAGUCCAAGUUGUUUGUCUCUCAUGGCUUUUAAGAUGGAGAUCAAAUUGUAUAGGCCCAUCAUAUAGGACUAAUAUGAUUACUGGAUCAAACUCUGGAAAUUUUGUGCGUGUAUAAAUGUAUAAAUAUGAAGUGCUUUAGAUCUUUUUAAUCUCUGCAA